AUGCUUUGUUCAGUGCACCUGAUCCCAUUGCUGGUGCUGACAUAUACUUGCUGCGUCCUUUCGAGACCCGCAGGCUCCGACGAGGAUUGGGAAGUGGGUCGCUUGCCAACCAGUGGCCACGUCGAUGAUAGCCUCUGGGGACCCACUACACGAUCGAGUAGCGACGAAUCCUCGCUCAGGUCGGAUCAUGGUCAGUUCGGUGCAGAUCCUUGGGCUGGAAUCUCGUUGCCGCCCUUUCACCACGAUUGGGAUGCUAUCAUGAGCUGGAGUCACGAUGGACCCAGCAGCCCUGCUUUUCCGACUCAUCCCGAGGCUUCGGGGUCAGAGCGCGGAUCGAGCUCGCUAGAUACGCAGGUCGAUCAGCCUGAAUCUCAUCCGGCCCCCAUCCAUCAACCCGCUCCCGUUGCACAGCCGCCGCUCCAUUCGACCACCGUACCCUGGGGACGGGUUCUGCUGCAAAGGGAUGAAGCAGCCGAAGAAGUAUGGAAACAGCGCAUACGAAGGUCGCUCGGGCUCAAGAACCUUCAGAUCUCAGAAGCGGGCCAGCGUUUGCCCAUCGCCGGUGGUGUCUACGUUGCAGAGGACGAAAGCGCUAUGCAUGAACUCCAUCCUCCUCUGCCGAACGAUGUGAUCAACAAGCACUACGGUCGAGCGAAUCGCGGACCGUUCCUAGCCCGAGUGGAGGGGGCAAAUACCCAUUCGGCUGCCGCGCUGCGACCCAGCGAACAGAGCAGAGGCAUCUACAUGUACCUCAACAGCCGAGCCCAUCUUGACGAGCUCAAUCAGCAUUACUUCCUCAACCACCUCGUCUUUCUCCCCGUCGUCAAGGAACGGCUCACCUUUUCGGAGUUGCGCAAACUUCAUUUGGCCCGCCGUAAACAUUAUGUCUUCCCGCCAGCCCGGCCCAACGGACUCUCUCUCAUCAUCGACAGUCACAACUCGCCUACACCAGGUUCAUCCUCGUCUAUCAUUAAGCUCACCGGUCGAGAGCGACUUGGUCAGACGGUUUCGCUCUGGUCUCCCAGCCUCUUUGACGGGGAAGUCUACACGACGGUCCUGUACGGCAUAGCGCUGUUGGACACCAGAUCUAAGUGGCAAGUGGUCGAGCAUCUCGAAAGGCUCACAGCCACUGCAGAUCCUGCUUCGUACUCGUCUGUCUACGAUGUGCAGGAGCUCAUUCGUCCGUUGUAG